AUGACCAGUACGGGGGCUGAAGCGUCUCCAGCAGCGACAGCAGCAGCAGCAGCAACAGCAGCAGCAGAGGCAGAAACAGAAGCAACAGCAGAAGCAGCAGCAGCAACAACAACAACAACCACAACCACAACAACGACAGCACAUGAUGGAGAGCAUUCGCCUCAUGCUGCUGAAACCCUAUUUGCACAGGAGGAGGUUGGGAGCCCCAAGCCUCUAGCAGCAGCAGCAGCAGCAGCAGCAGCAGCUCCAAAGGGAGCAGCAGCAGCAGCGCCAGAGGUAGCAGCAGCAGCACCAACACCACCAGAGUCAGCAGAAACAGCAGCACCCGACGCGGCAACAGCAGCACCAGAGGCAGAAGCAGCAGCAGCACCAGAGGCUGAAGCAGCAGAAGCAGCAGCAGAGGCAGCCGCAGGAGAACAACAAAAAGAAACAUCAGAGGAUGCGAGUCUCAGCAAUGAUGGAACGCAGGGGAAUCGGCGGCAGGCAGCAGCAGCAGCAGCAGCAGCAACAACUGCAACAGCAGCAACAGCAACAGCAGCAAAGGUGCAGCAGCUGCAGCAGCGCGCACUUCAUCAUUUCUUCCCCUCAUGCCCGCCGCCCCCCUCCCCAAAAAAGCAAACGAGGAGACGCACCAGGCUGCAGCAACAGCAGCAGCAACAGCAGCAACAGCAGCAGCAGCAGCAGCAGCAGGAAGAGGGAAUCGUAGUUUCAGAUGCAUGUGAGCCCGUGAUAGCAACCCCUCCCAGAACCAAGAGGAAAAGCCGCAUGUCUCAACUUGCUGCUGCUGCUGCUGCUGCUGCUGCGCAAAGCAGCAACCGCGAUGAUGCAUCUGCUGCUGCAGCAGAGGGGGAGCCAAAGGGUCCCGGCCUCAAGAGGAGCCGCAGGCUAAUGCAGCGCAGGAAUUCCACUGCUGCUGCUGCUGCUCCUGCUGCUGCUGCUGCUGCUGAGGAGGAGGAGGAGGAUGGGGGGGAAGACACGCAACAGCAUAAGAGACCCCCUCCUAUGGACGAUGUUGUGAGUGUUGAGACGAUCGAUGUGGACGACGACGGGCAGCAGCAGCAGCAGCAAAAGCAGCAGCAGCAGCAGCAGCAGAAGCAGCAGCAGCAGCAACAGAAGCAGCAGCAGCACCAAAGACACAUGGAAGGAGAAGUAAAAGGGCUUACAGGCCCCUGGAGUCACAUUUUUGGGGGGCCCCGCAAAGCAGCAGCAGCAGCAGCAACAGCAGCAGCAGCAGGUCCGCGAGCUUCUCCGCGGGAGAGGAAGGGGAAGGCUGCAGCAACUUCUACCCGCUCGCCUUCAAGCAGCAACAGCAGCAGCAGCGUUAAAACAUUCAGGGGGGGGCCCUCAAGAGCGCAAGGGGAGCUGGGGGCCGCGCAGCAGCAGGAGGUGAUUCAGCGUCGGCAGCAGCGGCAGCAGCAGCAGCAGGAACAGGAGCAGCAGGAGCGUCUCCGCAUGCUGCAGGAGCAGCACGCUGCAGCAGCAGCAAGUCGUGACUGGCUUGAUCGUCUCUCUUGUUUGCUGCUGCCUCCUUAUAAAGGCUCUAUUGAGGGUUUGCAGCAGUUGCUAGCAGCAGUACCAGAGGCUCAGCCCUCUUGUUGGGGUGUAUGCACAGCUGCUCCCACUGUCUUCCUCUCGGGGCCGUUUGUCUUCACCUCCGAAGCUGCUCUUCGUUCAGCUAUUGAGGCUGCAGGUGUAUUGACAACGCGCUGUCGGCGGCGGGCCCGCUGCACGGUUACGGGGUGUCUAGCUCCUCCUGACUGCACAGAAGCAGCAGCAGUAGCAACAGCAGCAACAGCAGCAGCAGCGGGAGGCGAGGCCAUGGUAAGCGAAACCCAAGUGUUAGAGGCCCUGGGGCUGUCGCUUGAAGCUGCUGCAGCAAGGUUCUCCCCCGUGCACCCCCGCAGCUGCCAGCCGCUUGCUGCGCUCGUCACCCAGGUGCUUAGCGGCGUACUGCAGCAGCGGCAGCAGCUGCUGCAGCAGCGGCAGCUGCAGCUGCAGCAGCAACAGCCGGAGAUCCAGCGCACACAUCUUCAACAGCAAGAACGAGACCAGCAGGAGGAAUACUUGCGGUCACAGCCCCCAGAAGAUGAAAUGGAGGUUGAUCUGCAGCAGCAGCAGCAACGGCAACAGCAGCAGCAAGAGCAGCAGCAGCAACAGCAACGUAAGGAAGAGAUUAAGACGAAAGUUGAGCAGCAGCACGAGCACAUGCAACAGGACGAAACAGAAGGGGGAAAGGAAAACCGGUUGUGUCCUUGGGGUGCUGUGCAGCAGCCACAGCAACAGCAGCAGCAGCAACAGCAACAGCAGCAGCAGCAGAUUGGAGAUAAGUUGGAUUUGCUGUUCUUGAGAGAGACGUGGCCUGUUGCUUUCAGACCUGUCUCAGCUGCGGAGAUAGGGGGCCACGAUGAUGCUGCUGUUGCUCUUCAUGCGUUGCUAUCUGCUGCUGCUCGCUCCUGUGCUGCUGCUGCUGCUGCUGCUGGGCAGCCUGUUGCAGCGCCUCCCAGCGCAGCAGCAGCAGCAGCAUCAGCAGCAGCAGCAGCAACCUGCGCGGGGCGAGAAAAGAAGAAACGCCGCACUCGAGGGGGGUCCCUACGAGAUGAUGAUAAGGAAGCUCCAGACCCCCCACCGGGUGUAUUGAUAGUGCUAAUGCCUCCGAAGACAGGGGGAAAGGCUUUGGUUUAUCUUGCUGCUUUAGCUUCUCGUUUUGCUGCAGCACAAGAGGAGACACUUCGGGAGGCUACGCACAUUGAGGGCCUUAUGCAGUCAUUCUUGUCUCACGCUGCAGAGCCGAAGACCCCAGCAGCAACAGAAGCUGCUGCUGCUGCUGCAGCACCCACAGCAGCAGCAACAGCAGCAGCAGGAGAGGCCCCUCUGCAGCCGCUGGUGCGCCUUAGUGUGUAUGACCUCUGGUCUCUAUCAAAAAAACACCUGCAGCGUUUGCUGCUGCGCCGGCGGGAGGUGGGCGUUCGGGGGCCCCCCGUUCAAGGCGACGAUGUAUCUGCUGCUUCUGCUGCAGCACGAGCUGCUGCAGCAAAUGCAGCAUCCGCUGCAGCAGCUCCUGACGUCUGUAUUGCGGUCUGGAGAGAGGGUGAAGACGCUGCCUCGGCGCGUGCAGCAGCAGAAAGCCUCAUAGAAGAUGCCUUAAAAGAUGCUGCCGGAAAGGGGGGGGCCCGUGGCUCUGCUGCUGCUGCUUCAAGGCAGCAGCAGCGCAGCAGAUGUGCGGAUACACCCGAAGAUGACGCAGCAGACACGGGGAGAAACCUCGUCGCCUUUGUAGAGCUCUCAAGACCGCCUAGGGAGGCGUUCAUUCAGCGGCUAAUGGCUAUCCUUCGGGGGGCCCUCUUAGUGCAGGUAGACCGCCGCUUUGUAAGCCUCGUGCUGGAUGCUACGGGGCCCCCCAAUGAAGAAGAAACUCCUUCUUUAGGGGCUGCUCUCAACUGUCUGCACAUAGUACUUCGAACCCACCCGCACCUGCGGCACUUGCAUGCAGCAGCAGCAGCUGUUGCUGCUGGUGAUGGUGGUGGCGCUGCUGCUGCUCCUGGGGGAGAAGCUCCCCCAGAAGGAGAUGUUAAGCUGUCCGCAGCAGGAAAAUCAGAAGCAGCAGCAGCAGCAGAGGUGCCUGUAACAGCCGCAGCAGCAGCAGCAGAAACAGGAGGCAUCUUGCUGCCGUACGAAGAGCCGCCUUGGGUUGAGACUUUAGCUGAGCGGCAGCAGCGGUGGCAGCAGCAGGAGUUGCUGCUGCAGCACUUUGUGAUUCCUCCCUUAGAGAAGCCUCUGGAGCUACCGUGGGGCCUCGCUGAGGCCCCGUUGCUGCCGGCAUGGCGGCUGCAGCGCGGCAGCAAAGGGCAGCAGCUGCAGCUGCUGUCUUUCCUCAACACCCAGACACAAGACAUCUUAGUGGCUCCUUUGCAUGCAAUUGAUUUGCUGUUCUGUAAACUCGUAGCCUGGCGCGAGGGGCCCCUGGGGGCCCUGUCUUCGGAUGGCGGCGCUGCUGCUUCUGCUGCUACUACUACUGGUGCUACUGCCGCUGCUGCUGCUGAGCAGACAGAGGAGAUGAGGAGACAGUGCAUGCGAAGGAACAUACACUUCAUUUUAAGGGCCUAUCUCUCAGCAGCAAAGAUGCUUAAGUGGGAAGACAUGGCUAAGGGACCCCUAGCAGACGCAGGCGACGAAGCAGCUUGCGUUUUAGGGGUUGAGACAAAGACAGAGAGAGGAGGAGGAGACUCUGGGGGCCCCUCUUCCUGCCGGGUAGAUGCAUGCACACUUGCUGCUGCUGUUGGGAAGAUGGCGCCGAUGUGUCUGGCCCCUGUCUCCUCUCCUGCUGCUGCAUCUACAGCAUGCGAGCUGGUAGGGGAGCUCACGCUGGGGGCAGUGGCCCUGCUGCAGCACGGAGACCUUCCGGAGGCGUUGCAAUAUCUAGACAGCGGCUCUGCUGCUGCUGUGCUGCAGCGCAGACGUCUUCAGUCUCUUGCGCUGCAGCAGCGGCUCGCCACCCGCAAACGCAUGCAAAAAGCAGCUGAGGGGCCCCAGAGGGCAGUGCUGCUCUCUCAACGGCUCACUGCGUUGGCUGUCAGCAGCUUAGCAGCAAGUUGCAGGAAGCAGCAUCAGCAGUCUCUAACUGGUGCUGCUACUUCCCCAUCAUCUUCUUGCUUUGUUGAGAUCGUUGAUGCAGAAGAGGCGAGCAGCACGAGCUGUCCAUACACCGCAGAAGCUAUUGCAAUUGAUGACGAGAGCUGCGACGCGGGUCUGGGGGCCCCCGGGGGCCCCCAGGCCCCCGAAGAGGAGGAAAUAGACAUCAUGGAGGCUUUAGAGAAUUAUAACACAAUUGGGGUUAUGGCGUUCGCCUCAGUUAGUACUAUCCUUCACGGAGGAGACGAGCUGCGUCAGGCGUUGCUAGAGAAAGCAGCAGCGAAGCACCCAAGGGCUGCUACUGGCAAAAGUAAAGGAGGGAGGGGGGGUAACAGAGGCAAAGGAGCAGCACUAGACACGCAAGCAAAACUCGAGUCAAUCCUCUCAACCCUUGAAUGCCACGCCAACUAA